AUGUCUUCUGAUGAUGUUCUUCCAUCAUCAUCUGGAAUAUUAUUCCAGGAACAACGAUUAAUUAAUAUUCCAGAAUUAAAAAAAAGAGUUUUACUUUUAAAAGAUAUGCCUGAACAUUUUUUACGUUUCUCUGAAUCUAUUAAUCUUAGUAGGGAACAUAUCUCAUCAAUAUCUAAUAUUGAUCCUGAAGAAGCAUUUUAUCGUUUUGUACCACCAAAUACACGUGGAAGGCUUAUUAUUAGUGUUAUGGAAGCAAAAUUAACAAAAAGUUAUAGUCUUGUUCGUAUGGAUCCUUAUUGUAAAAUUCGUGUAGGAAAUGUAACAUUUCAAACUCCUACUCAUACUAAUGGCGGUAAAAAUCCAAAAUGGGAUAAAACAAUUAAUGCAUACUUACCAAAUGGUGUUGAUUCAUUUUUUCUUCAAAUUUAUGAUGAAAAACAGUUUACUAAAGAUGAGUGUAUUGCAUGGGUUCAUGUUAUAUUAAAAGAAGGAAUUUUUCAUGGAGAGAAAUUUGAUGAAUGGUAUCCAUUAUCUGGAGCACAAGGAGAUGGUCGUGAAGGAAUAAUUAAUCUUCAAAUAUCAUUUUUACCAUUAGAUAAUUAUCGAAGAUCUAUUUCAUUAAGCGAGUUACAAAUUUCAACACCAAAUAAUACUUAUUAUGAUGAAGCAGAAAUUGAUGAGUUAUCUUCAAUGUUCCCAAAUAUAGAAAGAGAAGUUAUUAAAAGUGUUUUAGAAGAAAAAAGGGGAAAUAAAGACGAUACAGUAACUAUUUUGCUUGAACUUAAUGAUAGUUAA